AUGAUUGCCCUUUGCUAUAAUAGUGAUUACCGAGUUGAAGAUAGACUAUUUUCAGAAUUAUCAAAAGCUCAGAAAAGCUUUGCACUAGCGUUAUACGAAUUUAAAUUUACGGAAGCGAUUGGACAACCCACUGAUGAUGAAUUGACAAUCGCUGAAGCCUUUAAAUCCUUUAGUAAAAUGAUUCGUUCUAUCGAAGACGCUAGAGAAGGUUUGAUGACAACAUGCAAUCUCUCUCUAUUACAACCGCUUGAAAAUUUUAGAAAGGAAGAUAUCGAAGCCAUGAAGGAAGAAAAAAAGAAGUACGAGAAAUCUAGCCAAAGUUACUAUAAUGCACUUGAAAAACAUUUAAAUAUUUCCAACAAAAAGAAGGAAGCAGUGGUGCAAGAGUCUGAAGAUUUACUCGAUCAUCAAUUAGAAGAAUACCAUCAAGCGUCUUUGGAUUACGUUUUUCAAUUAUACCAAUUGCAGGAAAUGAAAAAAUUUCAGUUUGUCGAAAUUGUAAGAAUUGCACCGUAUUGUGGUUACGAAAUUUUUAGAGAUUCUGAAGGAUUCUUAAACCAUUUGCAAUUAAUUCUGCAAAACGCUAGGCAAAACUUUGAUACGCAGAAAGAGGAAGCUCAAAGUUACAUUACUAAGAUAAGGAGCAAUGCCGACAAAAAAAUUAAAAGCACAGACGAUACUAGGGAAGGCUACUUGUACAUGCUAAAGAAAGGAUUAGUGGGUGGCAACAAUUGGGUGAAAUACUACUGUCUGUAUGAAAAGAAAGGAAAACUGUUUAAGAUCAUUUCGUCAAGUCAGAACAAAGUCCCAACCUGUGAAACUAUGAAAGUGAUGUCUUGCGUAAGGCGAAAGACGGAUUCUAUCGAGAAACGUUAUUGCUUUGAUAUUACAUUUAAGCAAGAAACGAAAAUUGUCAAUCAUACAUUUCAAUGUUUGGGCGAAGAUGAUAGAAGAUCUUGGCUUGAAGCAAUGGAUGGUGCAGAACCGGUUUAUUCUGAAGUCAAACCUCAGAGAAAGACAGUAGGUUACGAACUGAAUGAAAAUGGUUUUGCUUUUGUCGAGAGGUGUAUUGAGGAAGUUGAAAAACGAGGAUUAGGAGAACAGGGAUUAUACCGUCUUGUAGGAUCUACAAUUAAAGUUAAGGCUUUGCUGCAAGCAUGGAUAGAAAUUGCGAUUAUUGCAGAGUCUGAUACGCUAGAAGAAAGAGUUGACGGCGUAAGGGCGGCAGUAGAAAAACUACCCGAGCUGAAUUAUAAUAUGUUAUACAUUGUUGUUGCUCACCUUAAAAACGUUGCCGGUGAAGCAGAUGUAAACAAAAUGUAUGCUAGUAACCUGGGAGUCGUUUUCGGACCAACACUAAUGAGGCCGGAAGAGGAGUCUAUGGCUGCCAUUGUAGAUAUAAAGUAUCAAGGAGUUUGUGUGGAAAUAAUGGUUUCUUCUUUUGAUAAGGUAUUUAAGAGGAAUGUAACAAAUGCGAAAGGCCCAUUUAGUUUAACCCCGACCUUUGGCAAACGAUCGGAGGAUAACUCUGUUUCUAGAAAGCCUAGUUCACUUUCUGUUACUGCAAGACCGGAUGAUAUAGCUAAAAAUAGAAAAGCUAGUACACCUGUUGGGAGACGGAAAGAGGGACAAGGAAACAUUACUGGUCAGAGACAGAGUCCAUCAACAUCACAACCACCAUCGUUGCAGCCUUCUGGUCAAAAAUUAGGAUUUAAAGUUGCUAGAACUUUAUACCAGUGUAAAGGAGAAUAUGACAAAGAGUUAUCCUUUGAAGCCAAUCAAGUGAUUCAUAACGGUAAACAGAGAGAUAUCCAUGUACACAACUCCUUCGGUUCAGCAAGUAUCUCAUCUACUGUACGCGAAUCGGAAGAGCCGGGAUGGCUUUAUGGAACGAUUAACGAUGAAACUGGAUUAAUACCUGAAAAUUACGUUGAAAUUAUUAACUAG